AUGGAAGAAGAUCGAGAAUUCCAGCAUGUGUGCAAGAUAUGCAGCAAGAGCUUCCACUGUGGCAGAUCCUUGGGGGGCCACAUGAGAUCUCAUCUGAUCGACAAUGAACCGGUUGAGACUGAUGAGAAUCUCAAUCUCGACACAAGCAAGCUCUUGUCGAUGACUACGGGUUAUGGGCUCAGAGAAAAUCCAAAGAAGACGUGGAAAGGCUCUGACUUUAGUGAGGAGACUUCUGUUUCAGUUUCGGUCCGAGAGAGGUUUUGCAGAGAAUGUGGCAGGGGGUUCCAAUCGUGGAAGGCCUUGUUCGGCCACAUGAAACGUCACUCAGAAAAAGAAAAAGUUUCCAGGAGCUUGGGAGGCGGAGACAGUUAUGACCAGAAGCAGCUUUCGAGGGAUGGCCAAUCCAAAAGCAAAGAAGCAACGAUUCUUUAUAGGAGACGGAGAUCGGAAAGAAGAAAAAGGCACAUGCAAGAGCAAGAGGAAGUGGCCAUGUGCUUGGUUAUGCUCUCUAGGGAUGUGAAGAACGGUAGUUCUCUGUGGGGAUGCGAAAAGGAAGCACAGAUGAAGAUGAAGGAUCUCGAGGAAAAGAGUAAUUUGGAGACGGGAACUUCAGGAAUUGAUGAUUCCCAAUUUGAUAAUAGAAUUGCCGAUAUUUGUUUUCUGGCAAAUUCAAGGCAUUGGCACAAGAUGAAUCUAUUGGCUGACAGCAAGCAGUUCAAGAAAGAAGUCCAAUCCCAAUCGGAAGCUGUGACCGAUCAUGCCAGACUUCAGUUAGGCAAGAUCGAUUCCAGCAAGAGGAAGUUGACCAGUUCAUAUGAUCCAGAAUUGAAAGUAAAUCUCCCACAAAAAUGGGAUGCCGAUAAUUUGGACUCUCAGAUUUUGCAUAGUCCUGUCAAGAGAAGCAGAUUCCAGUGUACUACUUGCAACAAGACAUUUCACUCUUACCAAGCUCUUGGUGGUCAUAGAGCUAGUCACAAGAAAGCGAUGCCUACCCUUGCCUCAGAAAUCAAGAGCAAUGACAAUGGCAUCGAAAUGGCAAUCUCUCCUGAUCCAACAGUGGAUGUGAAGCCCUUGAAAUUGCGUAAACCUGAGAGCACCUCCAAUCUUGACAAGGAAGUUGUGCUCAGAAAUGACUUAAAGAUCAAGAGUAAGGAGCAUGAGUGCCCAAUUUGCUAUAAGGUCUUUCUAUCAGGGCAAGCUUUGGGUGGUCACAAAAGAUCUCACUUGCUACGCGAACCUGGCAUAAAAAAGGAAGAACCCAUCUCUGGCAUUCCGAAUCCAAUCCCAGAGAUUCGGGAAUUUUGGAUCUUAAUCUUCCUGCUCCUCUUGAUGAAGAAGAGAGAGGACAUGUUGGCUUCACUGCAUGGUGGUUGGAGAGAAACUACAAUCCUGAGGCCCUGA